CCAUCUGGUUUCGUCUACGUUACCUAUAUCCGCGUGUGCGAGUGGUAUAUUAGUAAACAAACGCCCGGCUGCUGUUUUCAAUCGAAAAAUCCGAUUUUUCGCCGAUAAUUAUCAUUUUCCGACCUAAACAUGGCUUCAGGAGGUCUUGAGUCAAAGAUUGUGGAGGAAAAGUCUGAGAACGAGAAACCAGUCAACAGAGAAAAGACCUGUCCACUUCUUUUGCGAGUCUUCUGCAACACAGGUCGACACAACAGCAUUUUGCAAUAUGCUGCAGGUACCGUGCCAGGCAAUGAACUUCAAAUUUACACAUGGAAGGACGCCACUUUGAAAGAACUGUCCACUCUGGUGAAAGAAGUAAAUCCUGACGCCAAACGGAAGGGCACAACGCUUCAUUUCGCCCUAGUGGCCCCUGAUCCUACCAGGCCCAACGCAAACCUGAGAGCGAGAGACUUGGGCGCCACUAUCAGUGGCCACAAAGGACCUGAUGAUAACAAAACUCUAGCCCAGCUUAAAUUCCGCAUUGGCGACUUCCUGGACAUCGGCAUUUUCCCGCCAACUGACACGAUGGGCAUGGACAGGAUGGAGCGCAUCGGAAUGGAGCGUUCCAUGCCAGACAGACUGGGAAUGGAGCGGGGAAUCAUUGACCGGCGUCAGAACAGAAGGGGGCGCGCUUAUUAG